UCUAAACGCAAAUCAUGCGUUUUUGGAAUGAACAAAUAUUGCUGCAGCUAUUUAUAGCCAUUGCCUGCAUUUCGAAUUCAAUUCAUGGCUAUAAGUUCUUGGGCGUAUUGCAUUUUAGUUCAAAAUCACAUUUUAUUGUGGGUUCGGCAUUGCUGAAGGGUUUGGCCCAGAAGGGUCAUGAAGUGACGGUCAUAAGUCCCUUUCCACAAAAGAAACCACCGCCAAAUUAUUAUGAUGUACCAACGCCGUCGGUAUUGAAAAUUAUGGAGAAGGAAAUUGACAACUUGUUGGAUAACACAGAACGCAGUUUGGUGGAAAAUAUUGUCUCGUUUCAUAACACAGGGGUAGAGGUAACGGAAGCAGUACUUAAUGAACCGGCUGUAAAAAAAUUAAUGGCCACAAAUCAAACAUUUGAUGCUGUCAUCUGUGAGGUAUUCCUCUCGGAGGCAUUGUAUGGCCUGAGUGAACAUUUUAAGGCCCCAUUGAUUGGUUUGGGCACAUUUGGUGCCAUUUCGUGGAAUACUGAUAUGGUCGGCUCCCCUUCACCACCAUCAUAUGUGGCGAAUACAUUUUUACCCUUUACCGAUCACAUGUCGCUGGGUCAAAGGAUAAUCAAUUUGGCUAUGCUAACCUUUGAGAGAUUAUUUUUGGAUUUAUAUUAUCUACCAAAACAGGAGGAAGUUUUUCGCAAAUAUUUCCCCAACUCUGAGAGGUCCAUGUGUGAAAUACGUAAAAAUGCCGCAUUGGUCCUCUUGAAUACCCAUUUCUCGCUAAGUUUUCCCCGACCCUAUGUACCAAAUCAAAUUGAGGUGGGUGGUAUGCAUAUAAAUCGCAAGCGAACGCCAUUGCCACAGGAUAUUGAACAAUUUAUUAAUGGAUCACAACAUGGUGUAAUAUAUUUCUCUAUGGGAUCAAAUAUAAAAUCUGCCAACUUACCUCUGGAGAAGAGACAGGAAAUCAUGAAGGCGUUGAAGUCUGUAAAGCAGCGAGUUCUGUGGAAAUUUGAAGAUCCCAAUUUGGAGGGUAAACCGGAUAAUGUUUUCAUCAGUGAUUGGUUCCCGCAGGACGAUAUUUUGGCUCAUGACAAUGUAAAGCUUUUCAUAACUCAUGGUGGCCUGCUGAGCACCACAGAGAGUAUUUACCACGGCAAGCCGUUCAUUGGCAUACCGAUUUUCGGUGAUCAAUUUUUAAAUAUGGCCAAGGCGGUGGCCAAUGGUUAUGGCAUUAUGUUGGACUACAAGAAUAUUACGGCUACGGCCAUGCAGCAUGCAAUUGAAACAAUGAUCAGCGAUCCCAAAUAUACACAAUUGGUGAGAGCAAUGUCCCAGCGUUAUCGCGAUCAGCCAAUGGAACCAUUGGCCAAGGCCAUUUUCUGGGUCGAACAUGUGGCCCGUCACAAGGGUGCCAAAUAUUUACAUUGUGCUGGUUUGGAUUUAAAUUUCAUUCAGUAUCACAGUAUUGAUGCCAUUGUCAUAUUAAGUUAUUAUUGUUGUGAAUAUUUUGCCGGCUGUGUCAUGCGUUUCAAAAUGUUAUCGUCGUAUUUAUUUUUAUUAAUCGGUUUAUUUACAAUUGCGAAUAAUGGCAUUGGUGCCUACAAAUAUUUGGGUGUCAUACACACGGCGGCCAAAUCACAUUUCAUUGUUGGUUCUUCGUUAAUGAAGGCUUUGGCGGAAAAAGGUCAUGAAGUUUAUGUUAUCUCACCAUUCCCCCAGAAGACACCAAUUAAAAAUUAUCAUGAUAUACCGGUGACAUCGAUACUGACAGUUAUGGGAGAUGAAAUGGAUAAUUUAUUUAAACACAAUGAACGGAGUAUGAUGGAAAAUAUUGUAAACUAUUAUGAAAUGGGUAUUAAUAUCACGGAAGUGGUAUUGCAAGAACCUAGCGUUCAGGAACUCCUGGCCAGUAAUCAUACUUUCGAUGCUGUGAUAUGUGAGGUUUUCUUGUCCGAAGCUUUGUUUGGGUUCAGUGAACAUUUCAAUGCACCACUUAUUGGUCUGGGUACCUUUGGAGCUGCCUCAUGGAAUACGGAUAUGGUUGGUUCACCAUCGCCACCCUCCUAUGUACCCGGUAUUGGCUUGAAAUUCAGCAAUUAUAUGACUCUGACAGAACGUGUUGGAAAUUUGGCAUUUGUCACAUUUGAUCGGCUGUUUAUGGAUUUCUAUUAUUUGCCCAAACAGGCGGCCUUGUAUGAUAAAUAUUUCCCUCAGGCCAAGCGCAAUAUGUAUGAGGUUAGAAAAAACACCGCCUUGGUUUUGUUAAAUACCCAUGUCUCGUUGGCCUUUUCCCGUCCCUAUGUACCCAAUCAAAUUGAAGUUGGUGGUAUGCAUAUAAAUAGAAAGUCCAAGCCUUUACCAGAAGAUAUUGCCAAAUUUAUCAAUGAAGCGGAACAUGGUGUAAUCUACUUCUCAAUGGGUUCAAAUUUAAAGAGUAAAAAUAUGCCCCAGGCAAAGAAAGAUGAAAUAUUGAAUGCAUUCCGCAAACUCAAGCAGAGGGUCUUGUGGAAAUUUGAAGAUUCCGAAUUGGAGGGUAAACCAGAAAAUGUUCUGAUACGCGAUUGGUUCCCUCAAGAUGAUAUUUUGGCGCAUAAAAAUGUUAAGGUGUUCAUAACACAUGGUGGCCUUUUGAGUACCACCGAGAGUAUUUAUCAUCGCACCCCCGUGAUUGGUAUACCGAUUUUCGGUGACCAAUUCCUAAACAUGGGUAAUGCCGAAAAACAAGGUUAUGGUUUGAUGUUGGAUUAUCAAACAUUGACAGCUGAUAAACUUUCACAUGCUUUGAAUAGAAUGUUAACGGACCCAUCAUUCCAACAACGUGUUAAUGAAAUAUCCGAUAGAUAUCGGGACCAAGAAAUGCUGCCAAUGGAAAAGGCCAUCUUUUGGGUGGAACAUGUUGUACGCCAGAAGGGUGCGAAAUAUAUGCAUUGUGCCGGUUUGGAUUUAAGUUUUAUUGAAUAUCAUAAUAUUGAUGCCAUGCUGAUUCUGUAUGGUGGAAUCUUAUUCACCUUGUGCUGUUUUGUAUAUUUUGUGUAUUUAAUUAUUAAGGGAUUUGUAAAGAGUUUCGUCGCAUCGAAACCAAAACGUAGUAAACAAAAGAAAAAUUAA